AUGAAAAGAAAAGAGGAGGAUCUGCCGUACACUGGAAGGACAUUCGUGGUGACUGGAACCACAAAAAUGUCCAGAGAGGAUUUAGUAAAUAGAAUUAGGGAGCUAGGAGGGAAAGUCACACUAAGUGUAUCUGGGGCUACAACAUUUUUACUAGCAGGAUCUGAGCCAGGACCUGCGAAAUUAAAGAAGGCAGUGGCUCUGGGGACAAAGGUGCUUUCAGAAGAAGAUUUCAUGGAAAUGACCAGCCACUACAUCAUACAGCCUAUAGAAAUAAAAAAGACAAAAAGUGAAAAUACUUCUAAGGAAAGAUGGUGUGAUAAGUAUAAGCCAGCUACAACAUCAGAAAUUGUUGGGAAUAAAAUGGCAGUUACACAGCUUAAGACCCAUCUGCUGUCAAUGUCCCGGGUUCCCAUUGUGUUAGUAGGGUCCUCUGGCAUAGGAAAGACACUCUCAGUGUAUUUGGCAGCAAAGGAACUGGGGAUCUCAUUGAUUGAAUAUAACGGAUCUGACUACAGGAAUAAGCAAGAAGUAUCUAUAAUUAAAGGACUUUCCACACAGAAGUCUUUGACACGAGAUAUUCACCUCCAUAAAAACAAGGCACUCCUUAUGGAAGAGAUUGAAAAUAUGACAUCAAGUGACAGAGGAGGCCUACAGGAAGUACUUAAUCUCUUUAAAGAGACAAAAAUACCAAUAAUCCUGACAGCAAAUAAUAAAAACAGCCAGAACAUAAAGACAGUACUUACUAAGUGCAAAGUCAUCUCGUACAGUAAAGUAGAUAGUAGAAGUAUAGUUGCGCACCUGAAGAAUAUUGCAUCUAAGGAAGGAAUAUCUGUGCCUGAGAAUACGCUUAUGCAGAUAUCUGUGACUGCAAAUGGGGAUGUCAGGUAUGCUGUGAAUAUGCUGCAGUACCUGAGCAAAAAGAAUAAAAUAUCCACUGAAGAUAUCAGAAUAAUGGGGAAGCACAUGACAAGCAACAACCUAUUUGAUGUAACCAAGGAAAUAUUACAGCCCCAUGUGUCUCCUGCACAGAAAAUUGACUUGUUCUUUGAAGAGCCAAUGUUUGCACUUCUAAUGGUCUUUGAGAACUACCUAGGAGAAGGCACCAUAAAGAAUGCAGCUGAGAUAUCUGAUACUUUGAGUAUGGCUGAGAUAGCAAAUGCACGUAUGCUGAAUAGUGAUGAAAAAAGACUAUUCCCUGUGGCUGCAUAUUAUACGGCAGUCAAGCCAAAGAUACAUGCUACAAACAGACUUGCGUUCAGUAAGUACCUGGGGCAAAUGUCUUCACUCGCUGCCUCCAAGAAAAAACUCGUUAAAAUCAUGAAUGAAGCCCCAAAAAGAAGCCUGCAUGGGGGAUGGUCUACUUUGUACGAUAUUCUCUCAGUGAUGAGCCUGCUAGAGAGUAAAAAUACCCCAAAGAAGGAUGUUUUAGAAUACAUCCAGGGCCUGCACAUGGACAAAAAUGUUCUUCAGUUAUUCAGUGAGCUAACAGAGAUUAAAAUUAAGCCAGCCUCACUGCCUUUAAUUAAGCCCCAAAAGGAGUAG